CCGAGUCAUAAACGGAUAUUGUAUGUCACUGUGUAGAUUUACAUUAACAAUUUAUAUCGACAGUUUACAUUGACAUAAUAUAGGUACAUCAACAAUUUAUAUUCAUAAUAGUAAUUGAACGGCAAUUUGCACUGACAAUUCACACAUUCACAAUUUAAAUACAUUUCACAUUAACAGUUAUAUUUAUAAUCUACUUGCAACUUUACAGUUAUACCGACAAUGUACGGUAACUACCUAGGUAUAUUGACCGCUGCAAAUCCCUAACCCGUAUUUUUCUUUUUUUUAUUAUUAUUAUUUAAUCUGUACUUUACAAUUUGUCCAACUGGGCAUUCGGUAAAUUUUUCUAGCUUAAUUUCUAAGUAACAUGCGGAUGGCUACCCCCAGCGGGAUACCAUCUUCGAGUUUCACUAUUUUGUUCCUUUAGUGAAGUCAGUGGGGGUUUCCUUUUUAAUCUUCUUUCAUGAGAAUUUUUCUCGCUUCAGCAGCCAAAUGGUUUGGACCUGGUUUGGAUUCGUACCUGUCGAUAUCUUCUUUGACCGUUGGUAUUCGAACGGUAUGAUAUUCAACGUUCGGACCGUUUCGUACAUAUCGUACAAUAUUCGUGUCCGUUUAUCCUUCUAUUAAAAAAAAAAAAAAAAAAGAACAAAGAGACUUCCUAACAUUAUACGUCCUUUUUUCUAAUAAUGAAUCACUCGCCUCGAGCAAUAUGGCAUAUUAAAUCGCUUUAGACAAGAAAUAAUUAAAAAUAAAAUUACGAUAGAGAUCUUUACUGAUGAUCGAAGAACAGAUGCAACAAAUGAAGGCACGCGAAUGCAAUAAUUUAGAUAAAUCGCUCUUUUAUCUCGAUCACGUACGAAUGCAAAUAAAAUUGUUAACAACCUCGAUCUUACAAGGACCAGUAGCUCGGAAGCGAUUAAAAAAUACGAUUACGCUUCUUAUGAUUAUUUUUGCCUUCUAACAUGAACACUACAUUUAAUUAAAUUCAAGGUUUUUCUCGAAUCAUAUUAUAUAUAUAUAUGCGAAUAAACUGUAUUAGAAACGGAGAGGAGACGCUAUUCCAGACUGAGAGUCAUGGACGAAACAAGAAUUUCUCGCAAGUAAUAUAACGAAUCAAUUAAUGAUAUACGAUCUACGAUCUAUUUACAAUACGCUCCCCCACCACCGUCGGCCGAGAUGGCGCACGUGCGUAUGUCCGGACAACAGUACACCGCAGCCAUGCAUUUGAGUGGUCGAAGUGCCAACAAAUGAAGUAAAGCUUCUUUUAUCAGUCAGUCAGAACCGCCCGAGCGAAACAGUUGAGUUGUGGCGUCGGUGGUGCAUUUACCGUGCGAAACCCAUUCCGUCAUUUUGUUCUUCCCCGGGAUCUCUACCUCUGUGCACCUUUCCCUGUGCAAUUCUCAGAACGCUGGAUCGAACAUCGAUCACAGUGUCCCAUCGUGACGCGACGAAGCCAACUUUUUAUUUCGGCUCACGUAUUUCGGAUCGAGAAGAGUGCCGUACAAAAUCACACGCGAGUUCAACAACGAGAUCGAGCAGUGAACAAUCAGAAGUGGCAAGGUUAAUCGAGUAUCAAAGAACAAUAAACACUUUUCAAGGAAACGUGGACACGCUGGCGCAAAUUCCUCAAUACAUCGUUACUACAUCAAGACUGACUGAAAUAGGCAGAUCUGACGUGAAAGUAUCACAAGUCGAUCCUGCACUUCGCCGAUUUCGUGGAGGAUACUACAAGACUGUCCGUCAACGCCGAACUCGAUAUGGUCGCUUUUCCGGACCCAUCGACUGAACCGGCACUGUCAAACAUGACUGUUAUAAAGUUAGACGAUUGCACGGAUCGUAAUGAGCAUCUAGUAAACAAACCUAAUGACAGGGAAGUUGAGGAUCAGACGUUCACUAUAGAUCGAGACAACGUGUCAAACGGCAAGGAUAACUAUGCGUUAGAUUUCGACAGUAUGGAAAAAGGUAUCGACAACAAACUAAACACAUCGGCCGACAUUAAAGCAGAACCUGAUAUCGUGAAGAAAGUGGCAGAUCCUGAUCCUGACUUCCAUAAUAACACGGGCGGCUUUGGUAACAGACCAUACAGAAACGAGAGAUGGUAUCAGACCACCUUCCAAGUAGCUGUUCCCUUCUUCAUCGCCGGGAUAGGUACCAUCGGCGCUGGUCUGGUGCUUAACCAAGUCAAGGACUGGCCAGUAUUCGGCGCCAUUUCUCAAUUAUUCAUUCUAAUCCCUUCGCUAUUGGGCCUGAAAGGAAAUCUUGAUAUGUGCUUAGCCUCACGGAUAUCCACACAAGCCAAUUUGGGUAACAUGCACGAGUUUCGAGAAAUCGUGAAAAUAAUUGUAGGUAAUAUCGCAUUGGUACAGAUACAGGCGAUCGUCGCGGCUGUUUUGGUAUCGAUCUUCGCGAUCACAGUCAACGCUAUAACGGAAGGCAGCGAGUACACUUUCAAAUGGAACAAUUGCCUAUUAUUAGCCACAGCUAGCGUCUGCACUGCCACGAGCACUUGCUUUAUUCUAGAUUUUGUAAUGAUCGCCGUUAUCAUGAUUUCAUAUCGAUGCAAAAUGAACCCCGACAAUUUAGCUACGCCUUUGGCUGCCUCAUUUGGAGACGUCGUAUCAAUUAGCGUUCUAUCGACGAUAGCAUCAUUAUUGUACGAAAGAAUCACGCCAGAACCGUGGAUCUUAUACGUUAUACUUGGCUGUUACUUUUUAAUUUUACCGUUUUGGAUCUAUGUGGUUCUUAAGAAUAACUACACUAGAAAUGUUUUAACAUCUGGAUGGCUUCCUGUUUUAUCGGCCUUGUUUAUCAGUGGAUUUGGCGGUUUGGUUCUUGAUCAAGUUGUUGACUCGUUCCAUGGAUUCGUGAUCUUUCAACCAAUCAUAAACGGAAUUGGUGGUAAUUUAGUCUCUGUGCAAGCAUCUCGAAUCUCAACUACAUUGCACCAGACAACGAUUAUGGGAAUUUUACCGCCACACACGAAAAUUUUCAUCAGUCCGUGGAAAGCGCUCUUUAGAGGCUCGCUGUACGCGAAAACUGCCAGAAUACUCAUUUGCAUGGCGAUUUUUGGUGAAAUAAUUUUCAUUUUUGUCGCCGAUUAUAUCACAAAUAACACGUCCACGUUACAUGUAUGCUUUGUGGUUUCUUAUAUCGUCGUGGCCGUUCUUCAAGUUAUGCUGUUGCUCUACGUGGCGCAUAUCAUUAUUCACGCUAUGUGGAAACACAAAAUCGACCCGGACAAUUCCGCCAUCCCAUAUUUAACGGCAUUGGGCGAUCUCUCGGGAACAGUAUUCUUAGCAAUAGCGUUUUGGUUCCUCAUAAGUAUACAUCAAGAGUACGGGAAAUAAAAAACUGGCUAAAGUAACGAGAUUGGCAAGCAAUUUUUAUUGCGUGUCAAUUUUUCCCUGGAAGAUGUCAUAUAAUUUGAACGGUGUAAAAUCACGUCGAUGUAAUGGUGUACGAAUGAACGAGACAGUAGGAGACGAAGAUUAAUUAAGAGAGUGAGCGUUUUGUGAAAACGGGUACAAUAUGUUAUUACGGGACGAUCUGAUUGAUCUGAAACGGAUAAAAUAGCAGGAUUGUUUCUCUCCAUUAAGGGACGUUCUUAAUGGUACGUUACUCGCGUUAAUUAGUUAUUACACGCUGAACAUAAUAGAUUAUAGAAAUACUUCACUGUUCUUGAAGUAGGUAUACGAAUAGGAAAAAAAGUACAAUGACACUGAUUCUAAUAUAAGUGGAUCGAGCAAAGUGAUCCAUCAUCGUGUAAUUUAUUAUGAUCUAGUGAUCGUACAGUCUCAAUUAGACGAAGUAAACAAAAAAAUAAAACGCUGCCUGUUAUACGUAUCGACUGACGAUUACUUAGAGUCACUAGAUGUAUAUAACUUUUUUGUAAGUUUUUAAUUAUAUUUAAUCGUAUGAGGCAGCAGAAUUUAAAGUGUUUUAGAUAUAUGUGCAUUGUACUUUCAAUGAAAUAGUAAUAAAUAUGUAUAAGCAGAAGACCUAGUCAGUAUUUUAACGCUGAUUGAUAAUUGUAUUGCGUAGGAAGAUUAUAUAUUAAGUUGUUCCAAAAGUUUCUUUCGUUUUAGAAGGAAAUAAUAGAUGCGCAAUAUUUCUUGUUUUAUAUUAUUUUAUUGAAUUACGUAUGAUCCAUUUUGUUCUAUUGGAACAAAAUUCAGAUUCAAUAAAACAAAAUGAAAUUCUGUGUUAGUAUUAAGUUGUUCCAAAACUCUCUUUCGUUUUAUAAGGAAAUACUAGAUGCACAACAUUUUUUGUUUUACUGAAUCUGGAUUUUGUUCCAGUAGAACAAAAUAGAUCAUACAUAAUUCAAUAAAAUAAUAUAAAACAAAAAAUAUUGUGCAUCUAGUAUUUCCUUGUAAAACGAAAGAAACUUUUGGGACAACUUCAUACUAACACAGAAAUUUAUUUAUACAAUGGCGCAUAUCUUUUUAAAAUAGAAAUUAUAUUUGUAAUCUGCAGAGAUCUAAAAUAGAUAAUGCUUUCUAAUUAUAGACUUAUUAGUUCAAGAUAUUUUAUCGAUAGCAAAAAUUUAAAUAAUCUUUUCAGUAUAACAUAAAAGUCAUGAUGUAUAUGUUAUACAUCAUAGGAUAUGUUUAAUGUUGUAUAGGUUGCAACAAUGUUUUGAUAUUUUAAAGCAAGAAAUAAUAAAGUAAAUGAUUGAUAUAGAAUAAUAUUCGAUAGUAUCAAGAUAAUAUAUAUAAUGCAUUUUAUAAAAACUUGUUACGAAACUCUUGUAAAGAUACAUAAUUGAUAUCUUAAAAUAAAUAUAGUAAAAUAAAAUAUCGUAAAAUGAAUAAUGUAGAAUAAAGUAAUGCUUUUGGUUCCUUAAAUAGUAUUAUUGUUACUAAAUGAUAAUGAAACACUUUCAUAGCGAUCUGUGAUUUAGAAUGAUAUCUGUAAAGAAAAUGUACAUGCAAUUGCACUCCUGAAAUAAAACUUUGUAUCUCUAAAA